UCCAUGGCCACAGGUGUAGAAAAUCACCUAGUGGAAGCAACUGGGAACAACAGCAACUCAGCCAUGAAGUGGUAGGCCAUGCUAAAUGACAGAGCGGGGGUCAGCACAUGCUGAAGCGCAAAGUGCGCAGAAGUCACCAACUGUCUGUAAAGUCAAUAGCUAAAGACCUCCAAACAUCCUCUGGCCUUCAGAGAGCUUCAUGGAAUGGGUUUCCAUGGCCAAGCAGCUGCAUCCAAGCCUUAUAUUGCCAAUUGCAAUGUAAAGAGUCGGAUGCAGUGGUGUAAAGCACGCCACCAUUGGACUCUAG